CCCGUGAUUUUGAGCGCUAUCCGGAGGAAGCCCGCAAGCUGGACAACGCCCACUGCUUCAUCGUGCUCUACGGCCUGGAGUUUCGGCUCAGGACGCUCAGUGUGGCUGCCUUCAGCGAGGAGGAGGUCAACAUGUGGAUCACAGGUCUCAACUGGCUGAUGGUUGACACUCAGAGAGGACCCGCACCACAACAGAUAGACAGGUGGCUGAGGAAACAGUUUGAAGUCAUGGACCGGAGCCACGAGGGCAGCAUCACAGUGAAGGAUGUGAAAGCUCUGCUGCCUCAGGUCAACUAGAGAGUCCCCAACAUGCGCUUUCUCAAAGACAAGCUGCAGGAGGUGGAGGCCAGGAGCGAGCUGUCGUACCCCAACUUCUCCCAGCUCUACAGAACGCUGAUGUUUGACCAACAGAAGAGUAUUAUUGAGCAGCUGGAGCUCUCCUUCCCUCUGCGGAAUGUGGACCGACCGGAGCUCUGUCAAAUCUCCCUCUACGACUUCCAGAAGUUUUUACAGAUGGACCAGAAGGAGUCGUGGGCGUCGGAUCUGAGUCGUGUCAGAGAGUUCCUCACCGGGUACAUGGGGGGGGGGCAGCAGCCUGAGCCCAUGCUACAACUGGAUGAGUUCCUUACGUUCCUGUUCUCUAAAGAGAACUCUGUGUCCGACCCUCUUCUCUCAGCUGUUGUUGCUGAUGACAUGAAAAGGCCUCUGUCUCAGUACUGGAUCUCCUCUUCACACAACACCUACCUGACAGGUGACCAGUUUUCCAGUGAAUCCUCUCUAGAAGCCUACGCCCGCUGCCUCCGGAUGGGCUGCCGCUGCAUUGAACUGGACUGCUGGGACGGACCUGACGACCUGCCGAUCAUCUACCACGGCCACACGUUGACCUCCAAGAUCAAAUUCCUGGAUGUGCUGCACACCAUCAAAGAGCACGCCUUCGUCACGUCGGAGUAUCCUGUGAUCUUGUCCAUCGAGGACCACUGCAGCGUGGUCCAGCAGAGGAACAUGGCCACACACUUUAAGAAGGUGUUUGGAGAUCUGCUGCUCACCAAGCCCGUUGAUAACAACGCCGAGGAGCUUCCCUCACCCUACCAGCUCCGCAGGAAGAUCCUCAUCAAGCACAAGAAACUGGUGGAAGGCACGCUUUAUGAAGAGGUGACUUCCGCCAGCUACUCUGAAAACGACAUCAGCAACUCUCGGAAGAACGGCAUCCUCUACCUGGAAGACCCCAUUGACCACACCUGGACUCCACACUAUUUUGUCCUGACCAGUAAUAAGAUUUACUACUCGGAGGAGACGUCUCACUACCAGACAGCUGAAGAAGAGGAGGACGAGGAAGGAAAAGAGGAGUGUAACAACAACGAGCAGCACUGUGCGGAGCGCUGGUUCCACGGGAAGCUGGGCGGAGGCCGCGACGGCCGACAGGUCGCGGAGAAGCUCCUGCAGGAGUACUGCGAGGGCGGAGCCAAAGACGGCACCUUCCUGGUCCGGGAGAGCGAGACGUUUGUCGGGGACUACACCCUCUCGUUCUGGCGCUCCGGUCGAGUCCAGCACUGCAGGAUCCAUUCGCGGCAGGAGUCCGGCUCCACACGCUUCUACCUGACCGACAAUCUGGUGUUUGAGAGCCUCUACCGCCUCAUCUGCCACUACCGAGACACGCCGCUGCGCUGCAACGAGUUUGAGAUGCGGCUGGGCAGCCCCGUGCCUCAGCCCAACGCACACGAGAGCCGAGACUUUGUGUUGUCCAGGUGGUACCACUCCAGUCUGUCCCGUGUUCAGGCUGAACACAUGCUGAUGCGUGUCCCCCGAGACGGAGCUUUCUUGGUGCGAAAACGCAGCGAACACAACUCCUACGCCAUCUCCUUCAGGGCGGAGGGGAAGAUCAAACACUGUCGGAUCCAGCAGGAGGGCCGUCUCUUCAUGUUGGGCAGCUCGGCGGAGUUUGAGAGUCUGGUCGAUCUCGUCAGCUACUACGAGAAGCAUCCUCUGUACCGCAAGAUGAGGCUCCGCUACCCCAUCAACGAGGACACUCUGGACCGCAUGGGCACCACGGAGCUCGACUACGGGGCGCUGUAUGAGGUCCGCACGCCUCACUUCUACGUGGAGGCCAAUAAGAUGCCCUCCGCCCGGUGUACGGUCAAAGCUCUGUACGACUACCGAGCUCAGAGGGACGACGAGCUCUGUUUCCCCAAACAGGCGCUCAUCCUCAACGUGGACAAGCAGGAGGGCGGCUGGUGGCGAGGUGACUACGGAGGGAAGAAACAGCUGUGGUUUCCUGCUAACUAUGUGGACGAGGUUCCCAGUUCUCCCACCAGAGAGCUGGACCAAGUGUCUACAGAGAACAGUCCUCUUGGAACAUUCCUCAAGGGCUUCAUUGACGUACCCACGUGCCAUGUCGUGGUGCACAAGGACGGGAAGAAUUCUCGUCCCUACGUGUUCACGAUACACUCCCAGCAGCUGUCCCACCCGGUCCAGACUCUGGAUGUUGCAGCCGACAGUCUGGAGGACUUAACCAGCUGGGUCGGCAAGAUCAGAGAGGCCGCGCAAAACGCCGAUGCUCGGAUGCAGGAGGAGAAGCAAAUGGAGAGGAGGAAGAAGAUCGCGGUGGAGCUGUCUGAGCUCGUGGUCUACUGCAGACCUGUCCCCUUCAACGAGGACAAGAUCGGGACAGAGAGGGCGUGUUACCGGGACAUGUCCUCCUUCCCAGAAACAAAGGCAGAGAAGUUUGCAACACGCAGCAGAGGGAAACGCUUCCUGCAGUACAACCGCCGUCAGCUUUCCAGAGUUUAUCCCCGGGGACAGAGGCUGGACUCGUCCAACUACGACCCGCUGCCCAUGUGGCUCUGUGGCUCCCAGCUGGUCGCACUCAAUUUCCAGACCCCAGAUAAACCCAUGCAGCUGAACCAGGCCUUGUUCAUGCUCGGAGGUGCCAGCGGCUUCGUUCCCCAGCCUGACGUCAUGAGGGACGAGGCCUUUGACCCUUUCGACAAGGACACCUUACACGUGGAGCCAAUCACCAUCCAGUUACAGGUGCUGGGGGCCCGUCAUCUGCCUAAAAAUGGCCGCAGCAUCGUCUGUCCCUUUGUGGAGGUGGAGAUCUACGGAGCAGAUUACGACAGCUGCAAGUGCAAGACAGAUGUAGUAGCUGAUAACGGUCUGAAUCCUGUGUGGGUACAGAAGCAGUUUGUGUUUGACAUCCACAACCCCACCUUCGCCUUUCUACGCUUCACUGUCUACGAGGAGGACAUGUUCAGUGAUCCCAACUUCCUGGCACAGGCCACCUUCCCCGUGCGCCUGCUACGAACCGGCUACAGGAGCAUCCCUCUGAAGAACAACUACAGUGAAGAGCUGGAACUGGCAUCACUACUGGUCCACAUAGAGAUCGUCAAUGCAAAGGAGGAAGACGAUGAGAACCUGUACGUGUCCAUCCAGCGGCUGCGGGAUCGAACCAGCGAGCUGUCCAACCAGGUUUCCCUCCUGGAGCGCUCGGGCUCAGGGGAUCUCAGCUACCAGCAGAGUCUGGAGGAGCUCCGGGCGGCUCAGGACCAGCUCAGCGAGCUGGUGGAGGCUCGAAACCGCAGGCUGAUGGAGAAGAAGAGGAGGGAGAAGCUGAGGCAGCAGGUGGCAGCAAAGCGCAGCUAACCUCCGACACAAACACUCACUGCCCCCGCAGCAGUGCAGCGACACGCAAUCCACUUAUAACUGGAAAUAAAAUCAUGUUCUUUCACAUAAUAAUGGGAGACUUCACAGCACCAUGCUGGACUAACAGCAGA